AAGAGUUUAAUCAGAAAUAGACAGUAUGGCUCUCUUUUCAAGAUUUAGCAUCACCAUUAAUGGUUUCAUCUUCUUCUUGUUCAUGAUCUUGCUGAAAUUUGCUGCUAUUUCAUCUUCUAUCCCCUUCGUUGUAUUACACGGAAUUGGAAGCUCGUGUUCCAACCAUGAUACACAGAAUUUAACUCAGGAAUUGAUCAUACACUCUAGAUCCCCGGGACAUUGCAUAGAAGUUGGGGAUGGAAUAUGGAGUUCCUGGUUUACGCCUAUGCAUAAACAAGUUGAAAUUGUUUGUGAGAAAGUGAAAAACAUUAAAGAACUCGAAAAUGGUUACAACUUGGUUGCCCUUUCACAGGGGAAUUUAAUUGCUCGUGGCAUUAUACAACUUUGUGACGGAGGACCUCCGGUGAAAAACUAUGUGUCAUUGGCGGGUCCUCAUGCUGGAAUCGUCGCUCCUCCUCUUUGUGGCUCAAAUUCAUUGUGCAGUUUUGAAGAUACACUGAUUAGAUUCGAUGUAUACAGCGAAUUUGUGCAAGCUCAUUUGGCCCCUAGUGGUUACAUGAAGUUACCAAAUAAUAUGAUGGGCUAUUUAAGUGGAUGUAAGUUUCUCCCCAUGCUUAAUAACGAAAUCUCGAAUCAAAGAAACUCGACUUACAAGAUUCGGUUCAGUAGCUUGCAAAACCUAGUACUUAUAAUGUUUGAGAAUGACGAAGUUCUAGUACCUAAGGAGACUUCAUGGUUUGGUUUUUAUCCAGACGGACAAUAUCAACCCGUUUUACAACCUGAGAAGACAAAGCUAUAUGAAGAGGAUUGGAUUGGAUUGAAGAUGCUUGCAGAAAGUGGAAGAGUCCAGUAUAUAAUGGUGGGUGGAUCUCAUAUUGAUCUAUCUCAUAAUGAUAUGAUUCGUUAUGUUGUGCCUUAUUUGAAAACCAGAGAAUUAAUAUAAUUCUUAUGGUAAGGAAAGUACCAAUGUGUUCAAUUUUAGUGCCAUUAAAUGUGUUGUGUAAUAUUACUUAUUGGCAUUUUAGUACCAUCUAUUGUGUUGUGUAAUAUUACUAAUUGACAUUGUAGUGUCAUUUUGAAGUCUAAGAUAGAAAAAUAGUUAUCACA